AGCUUCGUUUCCAAUUAAGCGGCAAUAGACGGACCUAUGGGCCAAACCACGAGGACCCUGUGAGGGGCUAUGCGGACACCGCUAUGGAGUUUCCCAGUGAGUUAUGGACAUCUUUUUUCUCUCCUCUGUACACCGGCUUUACUAGUUAGUCUAUUUCACGCUUUAAGCAAAGGGGGGGGACUGCAUGCACAGGUUGAUGUUUUAUCGCUCACCGUGGUGCGUAAAAAGGCGCGUCCUCGUACUUGCGGACUUACACGUUAUCUCUAUCCUUUGGGGAGGUAAAUAAAAGGUUUUGUCAUACACCGCAGUGAUGCAAAGUCUGGUACGUGACUGCUCUCACCAGCAGCACACAUGGUUUAGACACGGACCAAUACGCCGGUCGGACUAUCGAUGGGACCCGCGCGCUUGGUUGCACGUUGGACUUAUUGGAUGCAGUGCCUUUAACUUGAGCCGUACAGUUUGUGCAUAUGUUUAAACACACGAUGUUUCUUAAAGAUGCGGCACCUAUUUGCGAAUGUUGCAGAAAACGAAUAGAGGACUGCUUGCCUUGCUGUUGAUGGUGUUGGAGUGGACCCGGCCAGGCCUGCCGUCCCCGCUGAGGCCGAUCUGUGACCUCAGGGUCCUGAACCAUUUCAUUAAAGAAGCACAAGACGCAGAAGUGGCUAUGAAGUCAUGUCAAGUAGGAUGUAGCCUGUCAGAGACUGUCACCGUUCCCCAAACCAGAGUCGACUUUGAUGUCUGGGAGAAGACAAAUGCAUUAGAGCAAGCCCAGGAGGUGCAGUCUGGCUUAUGGCUCUUACAACAGGCCCUCAGCUCGCUACGGACCUCAGUCACCAACACAGCACUGCACAGCAACAUAGAUAACUCCAUCAGAAACCUGCUCAGCAUCAAUGCUGUGCUGCGUAGCCUCAACAUCCAGGAAUACACCCCACCAGCGAGUGCAGCGGGGCUUGAGGGAACGUGGAGGGUGUCCUUGGCAACAGAUUUGCUUCAAGUCCACGUCAACUUCCUGCGAGGCAAAGUGCGCCUCCUUCUGUUGGAUGCACAGGCCUGUCAGCAAGACGUCAGCUGAUCUCCCAACUCCAGGCGGAGCUCAUUUGUGUUUCCGAAGGCAAGAGGAGGGACUUGACACUGUUGACCUGCACGCUGGCUGCUGGAAGCAGCGUGCAGAAAGAGAGAAAAAUUGAAGCCCUCCUCACGUGAGGGGGAGGACGCUGAAAGGAGAGGACAGUCCCAGCUGUGCUUUGGACGGACUGGAGAUGAUUGCACCUUGGAAUGUAGACGUGAAACAUGGACACGGCGAAGCACACACUGACCAAAAUGAGGCCUGUGGGAAGCACCGCUCCAAUCGCUGGUCUACUGGCACUCUCUUGCACUUUGUGUGUGGAUGUUCUUCUGUGCGUGUGUGGAUGUGUGUGUCAGUUAGUGUUGCAAGUUUAAAUCUGUACGUAGCGUGCAUGUGUGUCCGUUUCCAGUGAGUUUGACCCUGUCACUCACCUCUUUGGAGUGAAACAGAAAAUAUUGAUUGCACCUGGAAAUUGGAGUACCAUGAGGUUGCGACAGGGCAUCUAUUUCCACUAUAAAAAGGCAAAAAAAAAAGGAGGCCCUUUCAACUAUGCCUCGCAGUCACUGUCUCUUCUGAUAUUUUUUUUUUUCAAUGAAUAUUUUUAUAUAUUUGCACAAGUUGUGCAAUUACUAUUUAUACAGGUUUUCUACUUUUAAGCUCCAGUCUUAGUAUUUUUUUAGUGUCUGAUCUUAAAGAUGUUAGUCAAGCUCUCGUUGCCACGUUCUCUUGUGGAACACAUUUACGAAGCCAUUUGUUGGCAUAAUUUGCAAUAGCACGCUUCCGUCUGACUGUAUGUACUAUGUACUCGACUAGCUGUAGGUUUCACAUCGCAUUUUCCUUCAAACUAACUAUAAAGGACUAAAAAGUCAGUUCACAGUGAACGAGAGGUCGGUGAGGAGGUGGCUGGAGGGUUGCACGAGAUGUCAUUAUCUGUGUUUUUGAUGUUGCCUAACAAACACAGCCUGUCUCCACACACUGAUAGCCAGACGGCCCGGAAAAAGGCUGUUUGCCUUUUACAGUUGACAUCCUGCGAGGCUGUAAUUGCAAACCGUUUUCCAGUAUCUGACGUUAACGUUUCUUGCCUCCCUGUAUUUGUUCGUCAUCAAACAGCAGGCAGGCAAUUAGUCAGUCAUGGGAACUCGAAGCUUUCUAUCAAAUUGAUGCUCAACUCCUUCUUACCGGUGAAGUGUUCUUCCUUGUUUUUUCCCGUAUUUUUAAAUCUUGUGCGAGUGCAAGAUGUUUUUAAGGAUGUUUGUACAUGUUUUCCUUCCUGUUAUUUUUUCUGUUGAUUUGUCCCAUCACUGUAUAAUUAUAAAUGCUAUUUAAAUACAAAAUAUUAUUCUUGGAUAAAGAAAGGAUAGAUGGAAACACGACAAGGGGAAGUCUGUCCAUUUCAUUCAUUAUCUAGAUCUAGUUCAGGUCAGUGGAGUUAAAGAGGGGAGAGUUAAAAUUUAUUGUUUGUCAACAAUCAAAUACACUGUCUGCAUAAAAACUGUCCAUUACAUAUUUUAAACAUGAACACCACCAGCUCAACGUUCCGAAACAAAAUUUAAAUAGAUUUAGACUGCUGACAUCUAGUGGACAUUUACUGCAACAACACUUGUAUGAAAUAAAACCUUCAUAUUUGUAUAUUUUACAACAUGCACAUAUGAAACUGUAAACACUUCAACAGUCCCUUAGUCGGGCCUUAGAAUGAAAGACACUUGUACAUUCACAUUUGGCACAGCCAUGGCUACAAGUACAUACAUUACACAGAGGUUUCAGCUGGCAAACACCUCUGCUGCUUCAAAACAUGCAAAGUAAAAAAGGUACAACAGCAACAAUUUACAAUUGAGAAAACGCAAACAAACAAGCUCAAUAUAUUUAGUCAAUUCAGGUCGUCCCAAUUGGAGUAUUCCAACGCAGUUUAAUGAAUUACAUUCAGCCAACACAUUGUCCAUUCUGCAGUCCUCUACUGCUGUUCUCAUAGGUCCACACACUACAACUUGAAAACUCAUGCCUGACACGCCUCUAUUCAGCUCACUGAGGGUCAGGGUAGAAAACCUUGAUAUGAAUGGCCGAGUUGUUGCGUGUGCGCGUCAUUGGCUCCCCGGCCUCAUCGGGAUCCUCAGGCUCCAGGUCGUCCACGAGCUCCACCGUGGAGGUGUUGGCUGCCAGUUGCAGCGCCCCCUGGCUGCUGGCCUGCAGUUGAAGGGCAAUGUUGAUAGCCCUGUUGAUGGCCAGGCCCAGGCCGUGGACACAGAUCUCCCUGUGACCCCCACCGUCCAGCAGCUUCUGACAGCGUGCCAGCUGAGCGCGGAAAUCCGUCUUCAUGUUGACGUAGACGUCAUUCCGUCUCUUCGGGAGUUUCCGGGGGAGGCGCUUCCUCAGGGUGUACUCCACCGGGUCCAUCUCUACAGCCGGAGAGGUGGAGUCAGUGUGCACUGGGGCUGUCUGAGGCAUAGAGGACAUUCCUGGGUUGCGUGGCUCCGUCAUGUUUUUCAGUGUGUUUAUGUGCUUUAGGCAGCAGCUGGGGCCAAGUGAGCAAGCUGAGAAAAUAAAGUUAGUCGGCAGAAGUUAAUGAAAUGUGAUCAUGAUACCUUACAGCAAACAAACAUAUCAUAUUUGGGGUAGCAACAUUAUCUCUUCAUCUGCUGAAUAGGGUCUAUAAAAAGUAAGUAAAUAUUAAAUAAUUCUUACAAUUUCCCAUCUACAACCAGUCCAAAUCGCAAACAUAGCUCCAAGUAAUGACCCAUUAGACAAAGAAAAGAAACAGAUCCGUAAAACUGAGAAGCUUUAAAUUAUG